UUAUAAAUAAUCUUUAUUUUAUUUAUUGAAUUAUUGUUAAAGGACGUUUUAUGCUAAUAUAUAUAAGACUGUUUGAACUUUAAAAUAAGUAGUUUAUAAUUAAAUAUUCUACAGCUUAAAAUGAGCUGGUUAACUUCGAGGAUUCUAAGCGUUGUUUGGAAACCCACAGUAAACGUUGUAAGGACAAGAUAUCACGCCGAUAAAAAACGAUUAGUCAGGAGAUAUGGCUACCAAGAGAAAAUCUGGCGUGGUGGACUCUUGCCUAGAUCUGAAGGAAAGGCACUACCAAUACCUGAAUACAGACCUGAUAAUCCUUGGUCAGUAAGAAAAGCUCUUUUUGGACAAAAUGACUAUAUAGACAUUUUAGGACCUGGUAAUCUACAUCCAGUUAAAACAUUAUAUAAUAUACCGUCAUGGAUUCGGGGUGUGAGUGGACAUGAAUAUCAUAUCCUACUAAGAAAAAAGAAAAUGUGGGCAAAAACUGGUACACCUAGAUUGAGACCUACAAAAUGGAAGGAAAUACAAAAGCGCUUGUCGUUCCUGUAUAGAAAACUAAAUAGAAAAACGAAGACAGGACCUUCACCAAUUUAAUUACUUUAUAUCAUUAAGAACAGUAGAGUUUUAUGUAGAUAAAUAGGAUACAAAAUAUAAAGAACAAAUAAAACCAUUUUUGUCA